AGAGAGAGAAAGAGAGGGAGAGGGGGAAAGGAGGAGGAGAAGGAGAGAUUCUUCCCUCUCCAGCCCUAGAGAGGCGGGCAUUGCAUGGCAUUGCCUCUUCUCCUUCCCUGCCUGGCUGCCAAGGCCAAGGGGAUGCUCUGAGCCAAGGCUUGCAGCAUCAGCACCAGCAUCAGCAUCAGCCUCUCUUCCCUGGCUCUAAUCUUGCCAGCCAGGGCCAGGAGAGGAGGAUGCUGAGGAGAAGGAGGAUGCUGAAAAGGAUGCUGCUGCUGUUGCUGCUGCGCCUGUGCCGCUGCGACAGGGGAAGGCGACCAGGCUGAGUGGUCCAGGAGGCUGGACUGAGCAUGCGCCGGAGGAGCCCCCCAGACUCCAGAGCCUCAGCAGCCCCAGGUCCCCAGGAAUGACAGCCAGCCAGCCAGGGAUGAAAAGGCCAGCAGAUUGCAAGGAGAAGGUCUGGUGAGGGGGGGCCUCCUGCUCUCCCCCUCCCCCAGCACCAACAGAUAUUUGGAUGGCAUGACAAAUCAGGAGGAGGAAAAGAGGAUGUACUAUAUGACUAGACACCAGAUCAGUUCUGCUUUUGGAAUACAUUCUCAGUAAGAUGUAUGGGUCUAUUUUUUCCUUGUUCAUACAUAUAGAUCAUGAGACUUGACUGAGGCAAUAUUCAUAUCAUCCAUCCAUCUAUGGCGAACUACAGCCAUGCAGCUGACAACAUUUUACAAAAUCUUUCCCCUUUAACUGCAUUUUUGAAAUUGACUUCGCUGGGUUUCAUAAUAGGAGUCAGUGUGGUGGGCAACCUUCUGAUCUCCAUUUUGCUAGUCAAAGACAAAACCUUGCAUAGAGCUCCAUAUUACUUCCUGUUGGAUCUUUGCUGCUCAGACAUCCUCAGAUCUGCAAUUUGUUUCCCAUUUGUUUUUACUUCUGUGAAAAAUGGUUCGUCUUGGACAUAUGGGACUCUCACUUGCAAAGUGAUUGCCUUCUUGGGGGUUCUGUCCUGCUUCCAUACAGCGUUCAUGUUGUUCUGCAUAAGUGUCACCAGAUACUUAGCUAUUGCCCAUCAUCGCUUUUAUACAAAACGGCUGACCUUCUGGACUUGCUUGGCAGUAAUUUGUAUGGUGUGGACCCUAUCCGUAGCUAUGGCUUUCCCUCCGGUGUUGGAUGUGGGCACCUAUUCAUUCAUUAGGGAGGAAGACCAAUGCACCUUUCAGCAUCGUUCCUUCAGAGCCAAUGAUUCUCUGGGAUUUAUGCUGCUUCUUGCUCUUAUCCUUCUAGCCACACAGCUUGUCUACCUCAAGCUGAUUUUUUUUGUUCACGAUCGCAGGAAAAUGAAGCCAGUUCAGUUUGUUGCAGCGGUAAGCCAGAACUGGACGUUUCAUGGUCCCGGAGCCAGUGGCCAAGCCGCUGCAAACUGGCUGGCAGGGUUCGGAAGGGGUCCCACGCCACCAACCUUGUUGGGGAUCAGGCAAAAUGCCAACACCACGGGCCGGAGAAGGCUUCUCGUCUUGGAUGAGUUCAAAAUGGAAAAGCGGAUCAGCAGAAUGUUCUAUAUCAUGACAUUCCUCUUUCUCACCUUGUGGGGUCCCUAUUUGGUUGCCUGCUACUGGAGAGUUUUUGCGAGAGGGCCUGUGGUUCCUGGAGGAUUUCUAACGGCUGCGGUUUGGAUGAGUUUUGCCCAAGCUGGAAUCAAUCCUUUUGUCUGCAUUUUCUCCAACAGGGAGCUGAGGCGCUGUUUCAGCACAACCCUUCUUUACUGCAGAAAAUCCAGGUUACCAAGGGAACCUUACUGUGUUAUAUGAGGAAGCAUCUGUAAAAUCUUUAGCCUUGUGAAAACACUACCCUUCUCUGCUAAGCAAUUGUGGCCUGUUGCCAUGUUUUGAGAAGAAAGGAAAUAUAUAUAUAUACACACAUAUAUAUAUCUCAAAAAGGGAGAUGUCAGCAGUUGUAAGGAUUUGGGCAACAACAACAUUCUGCAAUUUUUUGCAAUAGCUCAUCUCUAAUCCUAUUUUAAAAGCUAAACUUGUUCCUGCUGACCACUCGUGAAGGUUUGUAAUUUAAAAGAAAAAGAAAUAAAGGACUGAACCACUGCCCUAAAAUGCUUUGAUGUGGUUGAAAUCUAGAGAAAUGAUUCAGAGAGUAGCAGGUGCUAAAUAUAUCAGCACUAAAUGCUGUAUAUAUCACUCCAUAAAGCAAGACCAUCACAGAAAGAUUAGCAUUGGACAUCUGAAUCAGUUAAGUUUGACAUGAGGUUAAUGUGUUGAUGAAACUAAUUUUAGACACGGAUGACCUUUAAAUCAUUUCAUACAAUUAUUGUUUUUCAAAGACAAAAAAUUGGUUAAGUCCUGUAACUGAUGAGAGAUGUGCCAUGUAGUGCUGGAUUAUCACCCCAUUCGGUUUGCCUUGUGAGUUCUGGGGAGCAUUCCAAAGCAGUUUUUUUGUUCUGGGUUUACAUUUGGUUUGGUUUAAAUUAAACCUUUAUUUUCCUCUCUGUACAUUUUUUGUUCUUUUCAUCCUCCCCCACUUAUUAUUAUUAUUAUUAUUAUUAUUA